AUGGUGCAAAAGUUUCCCGGUGCGAAUCUUAUUGGACAGAUCCUAAGACAAAUCACACAGCCAUUAUCAAAGGCGAUAGUAAAACGUGUGAAGAAACGGCCGCUUAUAAGAAAAUAUGUACUGAUGCAACUGGGACAUUUUUAUUAUUUGUGCGAAAAUUUAAUAGAGUGGCGACAGAUUUCAGUUAUAACGAAAAAAAGACCCAUUGACGACGAUCGCACAAUGGAAGUAGGAACGUCACUACUACUCGAGGCAAUAAUUUUUGGAUUUUUGGGGGGCGUAGUUAUAUAUGAGACACAAAAGGCUGCAGACAGAGCGUGUAUCGCUGAGGAGCUGCAAAUUCAGGAGUUCAAUGACAUAAAGGCGAAGAAAGAUCGACUGAUGCAGCAAGUCAAGGAUCAAGUGAUCUUAACAAAACGACUCAAAGAAAUCAUUGUAGAGUAUUCGAGACAAGUCGGAUGUACAUUGCCGAGUGAGCCCGAGAAAAAAGGCGAAUAG